AUGUCGGGGCUUAAGGUGAAUCUUGGCAAGUCCGAGUUGGUUCCGGUGGGUGUGGUUUCGAACAUACUCAAUUUAGCAAGCAUACUGGAUUGCAAGGUGUCUUCCUUGCCUUUGAAGUAUCUGGGUCUCCCGUUGGGAGCAACUUUUAAAGCUAGAGCUAUUUGGGAUGGGGUGGUGGAGAAGAUAGAAAAAAGAUUGGCUAGUUGGAAACGGGUGUAUUUAUCGAAAGGGGGUCGCCUCACACUUAUUAAGAGCACUCUUACUAAUCUUCCCACGUAUUUUUUAUCUUUGUUUCCUUUGCCGGUAAGGGUGGGGAACAGGAUUGAAAAACUUUUCAGGGCGUUUCUAUGGGGCAGCUUGGGGGAGGAGAAGAAAUUCCACUUGGCAAAUGGCUAUGGAGAUAUCAUUUGGAGAGGGGGCCAUUGUAGAAGGAAGUUAUCGAUGCUAGACAUGGAGCUGCUUGGGGUAGUUGGUGCUCCAACGAAGUGA